UGUGUAUGCUAUGCUGCUGCGCGCCGAGCGAGCAGGCCACAGAGAGCACAGCCAGAGUAUCUCAGUUCGCGUUUGUUGCCCGUGAAGGAUGCCUUCUGUCAACCCCAAACUUGAAAAACAGGCCUCGACGGAGUCCGCGGACCCGAUACGGCAGGCCAUCAUCGUGAUCGAGCACAAGAUCCGCAAUCUCGAGAAGCGCAAGGGAAAACUCGAGACAUACCGGGAGACCGUCAGUCGUGGCGGUGAACUUCAACCGGAGCAAAAGACAGCGGUCGCCAAGUAUGACGAGGUGCAGCAGACCCUCGAGAUAACGCGCGAGCUUUACAAGCAGAUCAUCGGCAUCAACAAUGACUAUGCCAAACAACAAAAGAAGAUCGCGCGCAAGGAGGCGCUGGAGCGCGUGCAGCAGGACAUCGCCAAGGUCAAGGAGGUUCUUUUGAUCCAAGACACCAUGACGAAUUUGGGCUUUGAUGGCGCCAGAAAGGAUUUCCUCGCUGGUUCCAAUGGUGCUGUCAAGAUCAGUGAAGAAGACCUGAAACUUUUGGAUGAUUUGUACUCCGAGCUGCAGCUCAAGCACGAUCGUCUGGAAACUCAGCCUUCCUACAUCGCUCAAGCUCAGAAGAUCGCAGAGCACUUUGUCCAUAUUGUUGAUGGCAAGCAGCGCGAAGUUGUUGGCACCACCUAUGCCAGAAUCAAGGAAAUCAUAAAUUCUGUCCAUGAAUGUGGUUACUUUGAUCGUGUGCAGGCUGUGGAGAAAGAAGUUGAGGAAGUCACGCAGGAUGUGGCUGAGACUUCAAUUGCCGAUGCCCAGCCAAGCAUGGUCGAACCACCGCAACAACAACAACAGCAACAGCAGCAGCAGCAGCAGCCAGAGGAAUUUGCUGAAACUAGCAAACCACACAUUCCACAACCCCAACCUGCUGAAGUCAUACCACCAGCCAUUCAAACUUUCCCUGUGCCAGUAGCUGCUAUUCCAGUAGUUUCUGGUGCCGCACCGUUGGCAGCUCCAAUCCCAGUUGUAGCUCCUGCACUCCACACAUUACCUCAAGCAUCAGUGGACUCUUCUUUCUAUACCAGCACUGGAACCUUUGUACCAACUACUCAAGUACCCCCACAAUUCUCGCACCAACAACAGCCCCAGCCUGUGCAAGCUCAGGUUCCACCACAACAACCACAACAGCCACCCAGAAUCAACGAUGUCAUUGGACCGACGACGAACUUCUUCUUUCUCCAGGAAUCGGAACUUGAUACACCAGAGAACAGCCCACCAACAGUUACACAGGUAGUUUCACCUGUAGUCUCGCACAUUCCUCCAGCGGCUACGGUCGUAGCUGCUGCUGUCUCUCUAAAUGCUCCAAUUCCCACGCAGACCUUCACAAACCAGUCAUUUGCUGCGCACGUCGUAACUACUACACAUCCGCAGGUGAUUUAUCAACAACAGCCACCAGCAGAAAUCGCACCACGUCUGCCCAGUUUUGGUUCAGCGGCAGCAGCACUCCCCCAGCAGCAGCCUCAGCCAAUGCCAAUAUCCAUUCCAACCAAUGUGCAGUUCACUCAACAACCCAACCAGUCGUAUGAGCCAACAACUAUCAACGAGUCAGCUCCUCAAGAAAAAGAAGACACUAAUGAGUUCUCCAUGGUAUACGUAAAUGAAUCGGACGUCGUCGUGAACAAAUUCGUCGAUUUCGGUGCAGAGAAGAAGCAGUUCGAGGAUGUUCUUCAUAUUCACAUUGAAGAAACGGAGAAAUUGCACCAGCAAUCACAAAUGCAAAACCCCGAAACAAGUUGGGCUGAGCAAGCUCAGCGUACAAACAACAUCAGCAGUGGUAACAAUAACGCUAACAACGGUAAUAACGGCGGAGGAUACAGAGGCCGUGGCAGAGGAAGGGGUAAUUCAAACGGCUAUGGUAACAAUCGUGGACGCGGAAGUUAUCAACAAAACGGUCAGAGAGGUAACGGCUCGUACUAUCGCAACAAUGACAACAAUUAUCAACAAAACGGCUACCAACAACGCAACAACUGGCAACAGUCUGGCGAGAACAACGGCAGCAACAACGGUGGAAGCGUUAGCGGCGGCGGCAACAACGGAGGUGGAUACCCGUUCAAGCGCACGUCGAGCAACAACGCGUCGCGAGGAGGUGCACCCGGCGGUGGACCACGCAACAACACCGGCGAGCGCUCCGCCAUGGAUCGUCGCUCGGGCAACCAGGGCCAGGGACAGUACCGCACGGGUGGCGGCAACAAUCAGCGAGGCGGCCAGGGCGGCGCCAAUCGCAUGAACUACUCUAACCGAAACAAGACUCAACAAGCGCAAAACUAAGAAGGGCAAAGAAGAAACCCAAUCUAAGCCCCUCUAAGGAAUGUCUAGAUUGGAGUUUAAGAUCUAAGUAACAUAUAUUAAUACACUUUUUGAAUUUACCAUCGAGCGAACUGAGAAAAAAACCUACAAUCAAUGUUAUGCUUUUCAACGAAUUCAAUUCACGGUUAAUUUUGAAUUUUAUCCAAGUUAAGCGGGAGAGCUAAGAGGGAGAGAGAGAAAAGAGAGAGAGAAUACAAAAAAAAACCCAGAGCUGCGUUGAGCGUUGUCCGUUGUAGAAAUAUUUGUAUUAAAUAUAUGAACUAACACGUGUAUAUAUAUUUAUACUAGAAAUCUCGCGCGAUAUGCGAGUGAUUAUCUGCUACUUGUAACUGUGUAGAAAUACACUUGACUAAUUCUUAAAUAAAAUCGGUUUAAGAAUCGAGUGGA